AUAACCGUUUGCAGUGACAUCAAGUGCAGUGAUUACUUUGCCUUGGGACCAGAGUGAUAAUACUGAACGAAAAUGUACGGAUUCGUAAACUACGCUUUGGAGCUGUUAGUUGUGAAGACGUUUGGAGAAGAAACAUGGGAAAAAAUAAAAAAAAAUGCAGAAGUUUCAAUGGAAGGACAGUUUCUCGUCCGUCAAAUCUACGAAGAUGAAAUCACUUACAACCUUAUAGGAGCCGCAGUCGAAUUAUUACAGAUACCAGCUACAGCAAUAUUGGAACUAUUUGGUAAAACUUUUUUCGAAUUUUGCCAAGAUUCUGGUUAUGAUAAAAUCCUUCAAGUGCUUGGGGCGACGCCUAGAGAUUUUUUACAGAAUUUGGACGCCCUUCAUGAUCAUUUAGGUACCCUCUACCCAGGCAUGCGGGCGCCCUCAUUUCGCUGCACGGAGCGCCCGGAGGAUGGGGCCCUGAUAUUGCAUUAUUACUCAGAUAGACCUGGAUUGGAGCACAUUGUCAUAGGAAUUGUCAAGACUGUGGCUAGUAAACUCCAUUCGACGGAAGUGACUGUGGAAAUUCUAAAAACGAAAGAGGAGUGCGACCAUGUUCAAUUUCUCAUCAAGGAAACGUCUAGCACCAGUAGUACAGCACGUGUUCAGGAAAGUGCAGAAAUUGAAACCCUGUCGCAAGAACAGAAGAUAAGUCCUGCAACGUUCUGCAAGGUGUUUCCAUUCCACGUGCUGUUCGACCGGAACCUGCGUGUAACCCAGGCGGGCGGCGCCGUGUCUCGCGUGAUUCCGAAGCUGAACCAGGUCGACUGUUUGCUGACAGACGUGCUGUUUGCCGUCCGCCCGCACCUGAAGCUCACAUUCGAUAACGUGUUGUCGCACAUCAAUACCGUGUACGUGCUCAAAACAAAACCGGGGGCGAUGUGCGGUAAUCUGCCAGAUGAAUUCGCAAGCCUACGUCUCAAAGGCCAAAUGCUGUACAUACCAGAGACAGACUUAAUAGCAUUUUUAUGCUAUCCUAGUGUCAUGAAUCUGGAUGAUCUCACGCGGCGAGGUCUCUACAUUUCGGAUGUUCCCCUGCACGACGCCACACGGGACUUGGUACUGAUGUCGGAACAAUUCGAAGCGGAUUAUAAAUUGACGCGGAAUUUAGAAUUUCUCACUGAUAAACUUCAGCAGACUUAUCGCGAGCUUGAAUCGGAGAAGCAAAAAACUGACAGUCUUUUGUACUCCGUGUUGCCGAUCAGUGUCGCCACGGAACUACGUCACAAGCGCCCGGUUCCGGCUAAACGUUACGAUUGCGUCACCCUCCUCUUCAGUGGUAUCGUCGGGUUUGCCGAGUACUGCGCCCUUAACACGGACUCCAAGGGAGCGAUGAAGAUCGUCCAGAUGCUGAAUCAGCUCUACACCGCAUUUGAUGUCCUGACUGAUCCAAAGAAGAAUCCUAAUGUGUACAAGGUAGAAACAGUUGGUGACAAAUACAUGGCAGUUUCGGGACUCCCGGAACCGUGUACGGAACACGCGCGUUGUAUGGCCAGACUUGCUCUGGACAUGAUGGAUUUAUCAUCUCAAGUUAUAGUUGACGGAAGACCCGUAAAUAUUACAAUCGGCAUCCAUUCUGGUGAAGUGGUGACUGGAGUCAUCGGACACAGGAUGCCGCGUUAUUGCCUAUUUGGCAACACCGUCAACCUGACGAGCAGAACGGAAACCACAGGAGCACCUGGAAGAAUUAAUGUGUCAGAAGAUACUUACGAAUAUCUUUGCCGUGAAGAAAACCACGAUCCCCAGUUUGUGCUGACCUCUAGAGGUCCCGUGGCUAUGAAAGGAAAAUCGGAACCAAUGCACGUGUGGUUCCUCACGAGAGCAAACCUCACUUAGUCCAACAAAAGCAUAUAAAUAAUAGAAUAUAU